AACAUGGCUGCAGAAGAGGCAGGCGAAGUAACUUCUGCUGGAAUUUUUCAGGAAAUCUUCACCUCUCCGCUAAACCUCACGCUGCUCAGCCUCUGUUUGUUUCUUCUCUACCAAAUCUUCCGCGGGGACAGGCAGCCGGACUUUGGUGAAGUGGAAACGCCGCUACCUAAACUGAAAAAGAGGGAUUUUACUUUGGCGGAGCUGAAGCCCUACGAUGGACUCGAGAAUCCUCGAAUCCUCAUGGCUGUCAACGGGAAGGUGUUUGACGUGACCAGAGGAAAGAAGUUCUACGGCCCAGAGGGGCCGUACGGCGUCUUUGCAGGCCGCGACGCGUCCAGAGGCCUGGCCACCUUCUGCCUGGACAAGGAGUCUCUGAAGGACGAGUACGACGACCUGUCGGACCUGGACGCCAUGCAGCAGGACAGCCUGGCCGAGUGGGAGACUCAGUUCACCUUUAAAUACGACUACGUCGGCAAGCUCCUGAAACCCGGAGAGGAGCCCACAGAGUACACCGACGACGACGAGGGGAAGGACAAGAAGGCAGACUAGAGCGGCGCAAGGCGAGCUGCGUGCUGCCUUCGUGUUGGUCGUCCGACACAUUCAGCCUUCAUUUAGCUCCAAUCUGUAACCACGACGACUGCUUUAGGACCAAUCCUGUUUCUGCAUGUGUAUCCACGCUUCUCAUUUCUGAAGGCAGAAACCGACGUGCUGCUGUCAGCUCCACCCUCAGGUCACUUCCUGCCUUUUAUCUCGCAUUGGAUUUGUUUCAACAAUGUUCCAGGAAGUAGUUCUCAUGUUGAUUGACAUAAUUUAAUGAAAGCUGGAAAGUCUUUGACCCGAAUUAUGUUUUUUUUUUUUUUCAUUUUUAUUAUUCUGACAUUGUUAGAAAUCCGUUUAACUAAAAACUACCUUUAGAGAUGGAUCGCCAACAUGUUUGCUACCUGAGUGUUUAGAUUGAUCUCAACACAGCUUUUUCUGAAUAUGAAAACUUUAACAAAAACAAACAUCUGCAGCCUUUUGCUCGGUUAAUGUAGUUGAAGUCUAGUUUUUAAUUUUCCUCCUCACACUCACAGCUUCAUAUCCUUCAUCUCUACUGCAAAAUUCAUAUUGUGCUCAGUCAUGCUCUCUUAAAAAAGUGAUACAUUUGAAAUAAAGAAAAAUAUAAAUAUGAGAAAAAAAGGAACAUUAAGAUUUUUGUGUGUGUGUGACUUAUUGUGCAGUUUGAAGAGUCGCUGUGCAAAGAAAUGACCUGAAACGAUCAUGUUGGUGCAUUCAAUCUGCUGUUUUAAACAAGCAAACACUACAUAAGAUUAUAAUCCCAUGAAGGAAAAGACUCCUCUCACACAAUCUUAAUCCAUCCUGUUUUCUGUCCUUUAAAUUAGGCAAGCUUUGGUUGGGUCUUCAACAUUUAACUCAAUCAGAGCAACAUUAAUGCAUCUUUACAAUAAAGUUUGUGAAUUUUAACAGAAAUGUUUUCUUCUAAAGAUUGCUUAAAGAAAAUACCAUUUUCCUUACUGUGGAGGUUUUUUGUAUUGAAACUUCACUGUUGUUAUUCCUUUAACUUCUUAUAAAUGUUUUUAUUUUACAUAUUCUUCUGUCAUACUGUGUUGAUCCUUAAAAUGAUAUUUUUGAUUUAAUAAAAAAAUUCAAAAUGAUGGCUUA